CAUCCCUCCUCUAAACAGAGCAUUAAAAAAAUAAAAAAACAGAGAAAGCGGAAGAAGAAGAAUAGAUUAAAAAAGAAAAAAAAAUGGUUCUUUUGGAGAAGCUAUGGGACGAUGUGCUCGCUGGACCUCAACCUGAAAGAGGCCUCAGCAAGCUCCGUGGAAAGACCUCAGCCAACCCUCUCCUCAUCAACCAUGGCAAGCUGUACCAACGAUCGAUGUCGAUGCCAGAGACACCGGUGACGCCGGCGUCUCCGCUGUCUGCUGCUGCGGCGGAGCCGGCGAAGAAGGCCAACGUGUGGCGGAGCGUGUUCCACCCGGGGAGCAAUAUUAACGCCAAGACGAUUGGUGCUGAUCUCUUCGAUAGGCCUCAGCCAAAUACCCCCACUGUUUAUGACUGGAUGUACAGUGACGAGACAAGGAGCAAGCACCGUUGAAGGAGAAAAUAUUACAUUAGGACUCCUAACGCAGUUUGUGUUCGGAGUCUAUAGGCGGGCGUCAUGUAUCAAGUGGGUUUCAUCGUAAUACACCGGACUUCAAAUAUAUUAAGAGUUAUGAUAUAAUAUUUUUUUCGGGUUGAAGACUAGGCUGCCAUUAUAUAUAAAUAAUAAUGAUGAAAACUGUAAUAAUAUAAGUAUAUUUUUACUAAGCAUAUACCUCGUCCUUUUGGGAGGUUUGUGGCCGUGAUGCUUGUUGGCAUCUUGUGCCUUGGGUGAUGUUGUAAAUACCUUUUGUUCUUGUGUAAUAGUAGGAAUUAAUUAGUCGGUUUUAUGCAAGCUUUA